UCAGGUUGGUGGCAUCAACUUGCCGUUUCGAACUCCCAACUUCUCAAGUAUUGCAUCGUCAUCGGCAGCACAUCUCGCCACGUGACCGGCUAAAUGCCGGUAAUGCCGGCUAGCAACCGCCUGUUCAAGCUGGACGAGCUCAUCAGAGUACUUGAAAUCUCGCCGGAGGAACGUGAAUAAGAGAUAGAGCCUGUCCUGUUUUGCAAGUGUUGAAAUGCCUCGUCGAAAAGCAGCGGAGACUCAAAGUUCGCAGAAUGCGGUGCCCGCCAAAAGGAAAAAGGGCAGUCUGGAAAGCGCCGCUAGUGCUGCUCCUUCAGUCAAGAAACCGAGGCUGCAUAAAGAGGUGUCUGUGGAGCGGCGCAGCAGCCCCGGCAACGUCUACACCGUCGGGCAAGGCGAUGUCGGCCAGCUCGGGUUGGGGCCGGAUGUGAUGGAGUGCUCACGGCCCGCUCAGGUUCAAGGCUUGAAAGAUGUGGUGGAUGUUGUGGCAGGAGGCAUGCACACCCUGUGCCUGACUGCUGAUGGCAAGGUGUGGUCGUUUGGGUGCAACGACGAGGGCGCCCUCGGUCGUCAGACAGUCGAGCCUGACAACAGCGAGACAACGCCCGGAAUCGUGGAGCUCCCAGAGGCCGCCGCGCAAGUGACGGCAGGGGGACUCCCACUCCGCUGCGCUUCACCGUGUCCGGGAAAGUCUACCUCUGGGGCAACUUCCGCGAUUCCCGAGGGCAGAUGGGCCUCAUCACAGCAGGAAAGGCCGAGCCAGAGCCGAAGCUGGUCAGUCUCCGACAUUCUGCAGAUUGCCUCUGGCAGUGACCACGUGGCGAUGCUGACGGCGAAGGGCGACUUGCUAACCAUGGGUUGCGGUGAGCAGGGGCAGCUGGGACGGCUGCCCACACGGACUGCUCCGCGCCGAGCGUGCGCCGCCUGCACAAGAGCUGCUCAAGCCCACCAAAGCCUACAUACCCAAACCCAAAGAUCAAUACGUGUUUGCUCUUCACUGCUGAGAUGUGAUCUGGCAUUGUGUCCAGGUUGCAAGACCCGGGCCUUUGACAGGGUUUGGGCUGCUGCUUAUGCCACGUUUGUGCGGCUGCGCGAGACUGGCCGUCUGUAUGGCUGUGGUCUCAACAACUACCACCAGAUGGGAGCGCAGGCGCAGAGUUCGAGCGAAAGCGGCACAGUCAUCUCCGUGCCCCAACCACUGACCUCGUGCGAUGGGCACAGGUGGAAGCUCGUGAGUGGUGGCCAGCACCACACGCUGCUCCUCAGCGAGGAAGGGGCGGUCUUCUCUCUGGGCCGCAAGGAGUACGGCCGGCUCGGCCUCGGGGAGUCCACCCCGGCCGGCAACAACGACCAGGACAAACCCGCCCCAGUGCCUGGCCUCUCCGACUGUGUGGACGUCUCGUGUGGAGAGGCAGUUUCGUAUGCCAUUGAUCGAGAAGGACAGCUUGCACUCCUGGGGCUUUGGCACAAACGGCCAGCUCGGCCACGGCGGUGACGAUGACCUCUUCGAACCCAAGGCGGUAGCGGGGAAGUUCGCUGGCAAAAAAGCGCUGGUCGUUUCCGGAGGUGGCCAACACGCUGUCAUACUCGCCUCAUGAUAUAGGCCAGUAACUUUUUUAGGGAAAAAAACAAUUGUUACUUUACAUUGUCAUAUUUUUUUAUUAAAUGAUUGACGCAGGCACAACACUGAAUAGUGAAGCACACAACGCAAAUAAAGACAAGGGCACUUCGAGUAAACAACACACAGAGCGC